GGUUUACUUUUUCUCCUCACAGAUGUGAAUUGAAACAAAAAGAGGAAGAACUGAAAUCCCUCAAACAGAGACUGCAGGAAUCAGCAGAUGUGCGAUCCAGCCCCCAGCACUGUAACCCACAAGGAUGUGAACACAAAGAAAGUAUGACACAGAUGGAGGCAUUUUACAAAAAGAAGCUCAAUGAGGCCCGAUCUGAAACAGCCAAAAAACAGACAGAACUGAAAUCAGUGAAAGACAGGCUGGCAGCUCAGGUAGCAGCUUCACUGAAAACAGGAGACACUGAGAGCAUGAACAACCCGGUCAGUAAAACCAGACUGACUGAGAUGUACGACAACCUGAAGCUGCUGCAGUGGCCAAAGGUCAAAGAUCAGCUGAAGUCCAAGAAGAGGAACCCAAAGGAGGCCAAAGAUCUGAUUCAGAAAACAUUUGGAAAUGCAUCAGAUGAAAUGAAGAGAAGGAGGCAGCAGAUAGAAAAAAUGUUCCAACAGUCUGAGUCCAGCAGUGGACCGACUCCUCAGAAGGUUAAAGAGUACAGACAGCUAACAGUUCAGAACCUGCAGAUGGCGCUGUUCCACACCAACAAAGAAGAACUUCUGAAGGCUGGUUUCCCAGAAUGUUUAGGUGACCUUCCAGAGGAAGUGAAGGAGGAUCUGAGACCUCUGACCUCUGAAUGCUACUGGCUGAGCUGCUUGAUGGCUUUAAACAAUCCUCCUCUUCAGCCGGACUGGAAGAACCAUGUUCCUGGGUUUGACUCCUGGGACAUUUUUCCUCGAGAAAUCAAACCAUCUGUCAUGUAGAAGAAACAGAUGCAGCAAUGAGGAAAACAUAUCACUUCCUGUUUCUUAAUUGUUUUAUUGUGGGCAAUGGUCAUGUGGGUUUUCUUUGACUUUCUUUGAAUCACACCAACAUGAAUGAAGAAACUAAAUAUAAUGGGUAAUUCUUUCAAGAUUGAAGCUGGAGAUUUUUAGGGAAACACACACU